AUGGAAACCUCAUCUUCACCACACGGCAUCGCCAACAAUCUCUUCGCCAUCACGGGCGCAGCCUCAGGCAUCGGCCGUGCAACAGCCACGCUCCUCGUCCAAAGCGGCGCCAGAGUCUCGCUCGCUGACAAAGACGAAGCAUCCGUCCUGCAACUAGCCCAGGAGCUCGGCGAAAACGCCGCGGGAUACAAAGUCGAUGUUACAAAGAGCGAGGAGGUAGAAGCGUGGAUAAGCCACGCGGGUGAGAAUGUAAAAGAUUAUUAUGAAGUACUCUCAGGCGCCGUGAACCUAGCAGGCAUAUCCGGCGCCCUCGCCCCCAUCCACGCGCACUCCCCCUCCAACUACGCCGCCGUCUUUGCCGUAAACGUCGAAGGAACAUUCAAUUGCAUGUCCGCGCAACUGCGCAACAUGCGUGUUGCAAGAGGUAACGUACCAGGCGGAUCUAUCGUCAACGCGGCUUCGAUAACGGGGUUGGUCGGGAAACCAAAUUGCUCCAUCUACUGCGCGUCGAAGCAUGCGGUUGUGGGACUUACGAAGGCGGCGGCGAAGGAGCAGGCGGCGACGGGGAUAAGGGUUAAUGCUAUCGCUCCUGGCUUCGUGGAUACGCCGCUUAUGCACGCUCUCGACGCCGAACUCGGAUUCGCGCUGCCAAACGAUGCGGUGUUGGGGCGGCGGGCGCGUCCCGAGGAGGUGGCUAGGGUGAUUCGCUUCUUGCUUAGUAGCGAGGCGAGCUUUGUGACUGGAUCGGUGUAUCAGAUCGAUGGGGGGAUGGUGUGCUGAGUGAGAGUCUGUGUUUGCUUGCCGAUGGUGUGGAGGAGGGAGAAGGUGGAGGGUGGUGAGCAACAAGGAAAGAGAAAGGGAGUUGGGAAAAAAGAAAUACAGUGGGGGCGUAGUGAGAGGCAUGUGUGCAGAAGCGAGACUUUGACGAGUGCGUUUGUGGUUUUUAUCGUUCCGCUUACUACUACUACGACUUCUUCGUCUCUCUCUCUCUCUCUUUUUUAUAUCUAUUUUGGCUUGUGAGGGGCCAAACGAAACGUUUAGC